AUGCAUCGGUGGAUCAUCAUAUCGUUCCUCGCUUUUGGCGGGGUGCUCUCGGCGGCGCUUCCAGGGAGAGACGAACAACAAGACCAGCCCGUGAAAACCAAGCAGUAUAUGUCGUGCGAGCAGACGUACGGCAAGGGGUGGGAGACGUGCGGGGCCCCGAAUAGCAGAUCCUGCUAUAGUCCGGCUUUGGGACACUCAUGUUGCGACGUCGACAACAACUAUUGUGGGAAGGGCACAUGGUGUGCGCCGGUUGCCGGGUACUGCUGCUCAGACAGCGAAACUCUAGAAGCGUGCGCCAGGAACGCGGGCUUCGAAAUACCAGGCAACAUGAUCCUUUCCGACCUCUAG